UCCUGGAAAUAUACAUACUGUGAGUAAACUUUCCACUCUUGAAUUAUUUUCAAUAGCAUCUACGGUAUUUCUUUCCACCUGGUACGAAGACUAUAUAUACACUCACAAACACAAUGAGCCUUAGACUCAGUCCAAGCGACAUCCGCUAUACUCAAGAUUCAAUUGCCUGUAAGUUCCGUAACGGGACAACAUUGACAGAAACCAUUUCAGAUUUAGUCAAAGGUACAAUCACGCCUGACGGCAUUCCUGUAAUUUCGGUUUACCUAAAGGAUGGGAAAUACUACAGCACUGACAAUAGGAGGCUAUACGUUUUCAAAGAGCUGCAAAGUCGGAGUCAACCAGACUUGAAGAUAAGGGUUCACGUUACGUCGGCGGCACUACCACCAUCGAAGUUCACGACGCUUAACGAUGGCCAAAGUAUAAAAGUCCGAGGACCAUCAUCAAACAACCGGUUAAGCAUGGAUUUUGAUGACUCAAGCACGGAUUCUGAUGACUUCUUUUGGAAGGAUGAUGGCUUAUACAUGGAUUUUGAUGACUCAAGCACGGAUUCUGAUGACUUCUUCUUGUAGAAUUAUGAAUUUAAAAAAAAUAUUCCAUUGCUAAAAGAAAGAAAAACCAACAAAAUCCAAAAAGCACGUUGCCGAAUUUUACUGUUCCGAAACAAUCUAUAAACUUCAAAUUUACCCUCAUGUCACCGACAGCAUCUCUUCAUUUAGAGAAGUGUCAAAAAUCCAAAGUCUCUUGUAUUUUAUUUCAAUAACCAACUCGCAAACCAAGUUAUAAUAAUUGCCAUUAUGCAAGGAACAAAACAAAACAAAACAAAAAACAAUCUUUGCACGGAAAAAGUUAAUUUGGGCGGUGUUUGGUUUCCGUAAGUAGUUUUAGUAAAUCUUUACUCCCUACUUUUAAAAACUGUAAAUCUAAAAAUGGCCGAAAGCGAAAACGUUGCCGAACGAGUGUGGGACAAAAAUAAAUAAAUUAAAUAAAAAAU